UGGGUCCCCAUGGAAAUGUCACAGUAGUUAUUACAAAGAGUGCAGUGUAAAGUGUUCAAAAUGCAUCUCAAAAGUGUAGUAUCCAUUGCCGUUUUAGUUGUGAUCAGUUCAGUGAACGUCAAAGCAGCCAUCGAUGGAUCAGAUCCGAAUGCCAUAAUGGACGUUGUUAAAAAUGUGCCAAAUAACACGGAAAGAGUCGGCAGAACUCUUCACAAGGAGUGCAACAGUUUGUUCAACUCGAAAUGUUUGAAGAUCCACGCUUUGAGCUUCUUGGAGGAGUUGAGUUCUCGUGAGGAGUUGAACCUCCUUCCAGGACUGAGUAUAGUAAAGGAGAAUCAGACGACGAACAGCACGAGUCCUGAGGAGAUAGCCGCGGAGUUAUCGAGGCAGUUCCCGGGGAAGAUAGAUGAGAAGUUGAACAGGUUCCUGUUGUACCGUCUGCAGGAUUACUUGGAUGGGCAUUCCUUGAGGUACAGGCUGCUGGAUCCUCAGACUACGAAGGAGGCUAUGGAUAUGGCGAAGGGUGAUAAAGAAUCGGUGGCGAGGAAGUCUGGCGGCGGUGGGUUAGGUGGCAAGGGAGGUGGCGGCGCUCUGCUUGCAGCGGCGAUGAUGAUGAAAGGUACAUUAGCAGCAGCUGCUCUCGGUGCCCUUGCCCUUCUUGCCGGCAAGGCCCUGAUGACGGCCCUCAUGUCCAUUCUCCUCUCAGCCCUCGUAGGAAUGAAGGGCCAUGGGGAACACAAGUCUACAACCUACGAGAUCAUCACCAAGCCCGAAGUAUCCCAUCACCACUCCCACAGCCAUGAGGAACACCAUGAGCAUGAUCAUGGACACCAUGGGGGUUAUAGGAGAGCAUACGAUAUGAACAACUAUAAUAGCUACAUGCCUUAUGAUACCACCAGCAGUUAAUUUAUUACUUAAUCGUGAUUUUCUUCUUAAUAAGUACUC